AUGGCGAUUUCGAUCUCCGGGGCUGUGAUUAGUGGGAUAGGUUCUUCGCUCUUUAUUAAUGGAGGCAAGAGAACCGGCAUUGGCGGUAUGAGAGUUGGCCGGAAGAAUGUGAUCAUUGCACCUCAACGUAAGAAGUUGUGGGUGCCAACUGCCGUGAAAGGUGAUGCCGGAAACUCAAAGAACGACCCCAAAUGGCUCGAUGAUGUAUCAGAGAGAGCUUCCAAGUACGUGAAGGACACAGGAAGCGAAGUGGGACACGUAUCAGCUCAAAAAGGACAAGAAAUUAAAGAUCACAUGGAGAGAGCAAGAAACUACAUUGUUGAGAAAGCUAGUGAAGCGUUAGACUCGGUGGCUGAAAAUGCACACAAAGCUUCGGAUUUUAUGGCGGAGACAGGCAAAGAGACCAAGGACGAAGCUGUUUCAAUGACGGAGAAAGCCAAAGAUUUCAUCGUCAAAAAAGCCGGUGAAGCCAAAGAUAACGCGACAGAUAUGAGCAAGAAAACGGCUAAGUACGUAGGAGAUAAAGCAGCAGAAGCAAAAGAAUCUAUAUUACCUCCAAAAAACUUAAAGUAG